AUGGCAGGAGAGACAAGUCGAGACUUGGGGUUUGUCGAAGGAGAUCUCAUUGAAUGCUUGAACGCAGGAGAUGGACAGUGGUGGAUGGGUCGCUUGCGGCGUGAUAGACGCGCUGUUGGACUCUUCCCAUCCAACUUCGUCGAGCUCAUGAGCGAGGAUUUCGUCCCAUCAAGAGCUCAAUACCAGCAACACCACCUCGUGACGGGGGUGGAUUGCUCGAAAUGUGAAGCCUUUGCGCACCCAUGCUUCUGCGGUCAAAAACCAAAGUCCAUUGUCGCGCCCAACUUCAGUAUCGUCCCGGCAGUCAUCUCGGGGUGUAUCCCCAGCCGUGUCUCCUCGCGCCUCAAUGGAGCCGGAUCGUUCGCCCUCUACUAUGAUUCCUCGAGGCAGUAUCUCCUCUUCACGCCCAACAUCCCGGGAAGUGUCACCAAUGUUCUUGCAAGAGCGCGAAGCGUCGCCACCUCCCCCUCCGCCUCCUCCACAUCGCGUGGCUAUUACUCGGCCACCUUCCAGGUCCCCGCAACCUCCCCAGCCCUCGCACUCUCCACAAACAUUCAUGUACCAACGAACGCAUUCGCCGCAGCCAAACAUUCAUCAACAAUCGCGGUCUGCUCAGCCCUACAUGCACCAACGGUCACCCUCUCCUCAGCCUUACGUGCAUCAACGAUCGCCCUCUCCCCAACCAUAUAUUCAUCAACAAUCAUCCUCUUCCCAGCCAUACAUGCAUCAUCGAACCUCCUCGCCUCAGCCUCUAAUGCAUUAUCAGGCACCUUCCCCGCAAGCCCAGAUGCACCAUCACCGGCACCGAACACCCUCCCCACAGCCACCGAUGCACCACCAUACACCUUCUCCUCAGCCGCCGAUGCACCAAUUGCAAUGUCUUCUGCGCUCCCCACAGCCUCCCGCGCACACCCCAAAACCGUCAAGAUCCCCCAGGCCUUUGGAUAUGAAUGA